CAGUAAAUUACCACAGUACAUUUUGUCAGAAGGAGGAAGCUGGUGGGGAAGGAAGGGAGGGUGGCGACAGGCACGGAGCUACAUUAUGAUAGAGGAGGAGUUGUUUAGCUUAGUCUCUGUGUGGGCCAGUCAACCAGCCAGCCAAUCAGUCAUGUUUUAUUGUUUUAAGUUUCCUGACUGUCGCCAGAAGAGAGUAGACUUGAAUACAGAGAGGAAGCAGACCCAGAGAGCGAGAGAAACAGCGACACGCUAACACAUUUGAGAGAAGUUUUAACACAAGUUUUGGAAAAUUUAUAUUGUACGUGUGGCAUUGCCUUUGCAAUAAUGGGACUAUGCUGCUCUGAGACGAACAAGAAAACAUUUGGGAUACUUACAAGUUGGAAACAGUUCAAGAGGAUGUUGAACCGGGAGCUGACCCACCUGUCAGAGAUGAGUCGCUCCGGCAACCAGGUGUCAGAGUUCAUCUCCAACACCUUCCUUGACAAGCAGAAUGAGUUGGAGUUGCCGUGCCCUAUGGCCAAGACCAGGGAGAGGAAGAAGAGAACCCACCACCAGACCCAGCAGGGGGGUCAGACUCCGGGUCAAGGGACGAUGACCCAGAUCAGUGGGGUCAGGAAGGUCAGCCAAACCCCCGUGCUCCAAGGCUGCAGCGUCAGCCGCUUCGGGGUCAAAACAGACCAGGAGGACCUGCUGUCUAAGGACCUCGAGGAUAUCAACAAGUGGGGUCUGAACAUCUUCAGGGUGGCCGAGCACUCCCACAACCGCCCGCUCACUUGCACCAUGUACACCAUCUUCCAGGAGCGAGACUUGAUGAAGACGUUCAAGAUCCCUGCGGACACAUUCGUGACCUUCAUGUUGACCCUGGAAGCGCACUACCACUCAGACGUAGAAUACCACAACAGCCUCCACGCUGCAGACGUGGCCCAGUCCACACACAUCCUGCUCGCCACACCCGCUCUGGACGCCGUCUUCACAGAUCUGGAGAUCUUGGCGGCCAUCUUUGCGGCAGCCAUCCAUGACGUGGACCAUCCUGGUGUCUCCAACCAGUUCCUCAUUAACACCAACUCAGAGCUAGCCCUGAUGUAUAACGACGAGUCGGUCCUGGAGAACCACCACCUGGCCGUGGGCUUCAAGCUGCUGCAGGAGGACAACUGUGACAUCUUCCAGAAUCUGACCAAAAAACAACGCCAGUCCCUCAGGAGAAUGGUCAUAGACAUGGUACUGGCUACUGACAUGUCCAAACACAUGAGCCUACUGGCUGACCUGAAGACCAUGGUGGAGACCAAGAAGGUGACCAGCUCUGGAGUGUUGCUGCUGGACAACUACACAGACAAAAUACAGGUGAUGCGUAACAUGGUUCACUGCGCAGACCUGAGCAAUCCGACCAAGUCCCUGGACCUGUACCGCCAGUGGACCGACCGCAUCAUGAACGAGUUCUCCCACCAGGGAGACCGGGAGAGGGAGAGAGGCAUCGAGAUCAGCCCCAUGUGUGAUAAGCAUACGGCUUCAGUGGAGAAGAGCCAGGUGGGCUUCAUAGACUACAUCGUCCACCCUCUGUGGGAGACGUGGGCUGACCUGGUGCACCCUGACGCCCAGGAUAUCCUGGAUACCCUGGAAGACAACAGGAACUGGUACCAGAGCAUGAUCCCCCAGAGCCCCUCUCCCCCCUUCUGCACCGGAGACGGAGAGGGGGAGGGAGAGGGCGGAGAAGGAGGUCACAAGUUCCAGUUUGAGCUGACGCUAGAUGACGGACAGGAUGAGGAUGGACAGAUAGGAAGGGAGGAGGGCGAGAGGGGGACAGAAGGGGGACGGUCGCCAAUGGACCAGGGUGGAGUAGAGAUGGAGAUGCGUGGGGCUUCCCCCACAUAACAAGCCUUGACCGUGAUCUUUAUAAAAGCACCAGUUUUACGCUGUGUUUGGCAUCUUGUUUUAUUGCAGUGGAGGAAUCCUGCAAUCUGGCUCUUUGGAGCUGCUCUGCUUGUGCGCGAGGGCCUGACUGACUUAGGGCCCCUGCAGAAGAGGGUGGGGGACCCCAACACUUGUUUUGGGAACCCUCAGAAAGAAGAUUAUGAUGAGUUGAAGAGAGUGAUGCCUUGAAGGAGUGCUGUUGAACUGCUGUGUGGCAGAAGUACCAUAUCUUGGUCCUUAGCCAGAUACUACAAUCUUUGCUCUGACAAAUAAAAUGAAGCUAAUUUACGCUAAGAGACAAUGGUGUUCAAUUGGGACAAGAUGAGAAACACUUGCACUUCAGAACGAUUGUUGUUCUUCGUGACUAUUUUCGGGUAUAUGUUCUGUUUUGUAACGGGAUUGGAUGGGAUGUUGCCGGGUAGCGUUCAAAGUUCAAGCUAGUGGUCCACAGGUAUUUGUAACACAGAAGGUUUACCCAUUUGUAACAGGUGUCUAAAGACUUUUGUGUGCCUUUUUUUAUGACCGUGUCUUUUGUAUGUCAUUUUAUAAUUUAUUUAACAGUUUUAAGUCGUUAUUAUAAAAUGUUUGUUUUCUACCCACAACUAAUCUAUUUGUCUCUCGAAUGAGAGGAAAAUUCUUCCGGUCUUCCUUAUGUCUUCUCAGCAAUAGUGUAUUCCCGAAUUGUGCUUUGUGGACUUUCCAAAAUCGUGGGACUUCCCAGCACAAGUUGCACUUUUUUUUGCAAGGGUUGAGAGUUAGAACAGUGUUUCAACUAAAGAGUCAGGUUAUUCUUUCAACGCCCAACUCAUAGCACUAUGCGCUCAACGUUAUACGUUACGUGUUAUCUCUUAAAUCUCAAGUCAAUGUUAACAAACGCCACAUAAGUUCGAUAUUCACAGCAAAGCUGUGGCAAACCUGCUCCUUAUUAUUUUACGUAUUUGCCUACCAUAAAGCAAUUAUCUCCAUCGUUCAAAUUUUCCCAGUGGGAAAAACCAAUGAAAGUCAAUGUAAACUAUCCUAACCAAUAAGCUCCAAAGAUGACCUGAUAAAAGCACUUUAACAGCCAGAUGGAACUCAGUCCAGGUGUUGUGCCACAUCUGAUUAGCACUUAAUUAAAUAUCUUAAUAUUCUUUCGCAAAAACAUCUAAUUUUGAGUAUCUUCCUUCCAUGAAUGGAAGUCCAGUAGAUGGAAUCUCCUAAUCUAAUUCAUGCACAGUAUUAAAGACAAUUAAGGCCCAUCAAAUUAACCAUUGAGUGGUUUCUUUCCAAAGAGAAAGAGAAAAAUCCCACGUCACAUGAUAUUUUGAAGCCCUAGACUAGCCUUGUGACGGUCAACCAAUGUCAAAAAACAAACCUCCAUACAACAAUAUUUGACAUCAGCUGAUGUUAUACUUUUGGUUGCCAGGUCCCUCUUGAGGUGUCCACCGCCAACAAACACAUCUCUCGAGGUUUGGCAGAAAUCACAUUUUUACAUUUUUUUUACAUUUUAGUCAUUUAGCAGACGCUCUUAUCCAGAGCGACUUACAGUAGAGUGCAUACAUUUUAUUA